AUGGUGAGAAAGAAAGUGAAUGUGCAUGGCGAUGGUGUUAGGAGUAGGAAUGAAGAGACAGAGUGGGAGAAAAGGAGCGAUGAUGCUCCGACACCGAAGUUGAGGCUUCGAAUUGCUUACGGUGGAUUGAGGUAUGAGAUCAGUGUGAGUUGCAUGAGCAGUUUCCUCGAGGUGAAGAUUCUGAGCGUGGAAACGGGGUUGCAGGUUGAUGAACAGAGCUUGGUGUACAGAGGAAGAGAGAGAGAGAACGGAGAGUACUUAGACAUUUGCGGAGUGAAAGACAGAUCAAACUUGGUUCUGAUUGAAGACCUUUCGAGCAUCCAACGCAGAUUCAUACAGAUGCGUAGGAACGCUAAGAUUCAGACUGCGACUGGCGCAAUCAACGAUAUUAUCCUCCAACUCGACCACCUCGCACAACAGAUACAUACCUAUGCAACUCUUUCGUAA